CCUAGGGUAAUAAGACAACAUGUAUAAUUGCGGACGUUUCCCGCGCACUUUUCAACCUCCUUCUGUUCUCUACAUUGUUCUGCCAAACUUCGACUUGAACUUGAUUCUACUUUUCAGUUUGCCUUAGCUGUCCCUGCCAGCAGCCUGAGCGUCUUUUCGUUGCUUGUUAUUUUGAAAGACAUGCAGCAGUCUUCAACACCUUGUUCAGCAUGCAGCUGGACCCCCGAACGCCAGGAUAACUACCGCUACCAAAGCCACGUUAAGUUGUUCUACGAAAUGAGCGACCGAGGUGUAUGGUCGUUGGGUUCGAAUCUGGUCUUGAAAGAACGUUCAAGCCAGGCACCCAAUUUCGAGGCCGCGAAUUUGCAGUUUUUGAAGAAAGAGACCACAAUCCCGGUGUCUACUGUAGUUGAAGAUUGGGAAGAAGAGAAUGAUGAGUGCUAUUUCUUGUUAAUGAGACGUAUCCCCGGAUCCCCGCUCAGCAACCUCUGGCCCGAUCUAACAAUAAGCGAAAAAGAAAACAUCGCCCAGCAAACCGCCAACUACCUAAUGCAACUUCGCAAGUUGCAAUCCGAUAAGUUGCAGUCUCUUGGGGGCAAACCACUCUAUUCUGCGUUUCUUUUCCAAGACGAACAUGACGUUCCACAUGGGCCUAUCUCAUCUGACGACGAUCUGUGGAGCGAAUUAGAAUUGGCUCUUGAGGGUGUUCCGGACGAUGCUCGCCAACGACUUCGAGAUCGCAUGCCGUCUGCUGCCCCGUACACGUUUACCCACGGAGAUCUCGCUUCGGUUAAUAUUAUGGUUGAUGAUGAUCGUGAUCUGGCGGGCAUAAUUGAUUGGGAAGCCUCUGGGUAUUUCCCGGUCUGGUGGGAGUUCACCAGUGCUGGAAUCGGUCUGGGGCAAGAGGAUAAAGAGUGGAAGGUGUUGUUGCAAAAGUAUAUGCCUGAUUUUUCAGACGCGCGGGGGAUGGCUUUGCUCAAGGGUUAA